AUGUCGGCCAUCCAGUGGAAGAACCAAUCAGGUGCCUUUCUGUCGGUUUCCCAGGAAGUUUUAUCUGGAAACUCGACGUUCGAUCAAAGACUCAGUGAGCGAUCACCCAGCAUCGCCAUGGAGACGGGUGACUACAGUCUUGACUGCCUGGUCUAUGCCGGAGGAGCGUUACCAGGUGGAAACCCUCGAUGUCCUAUUCUACAGGACAUCGAACCAACCCCCUCCCCACCACCACCAACUUCCUUUCCCCCCUCCUCCGAGCCUCCAGUCAGCUCUGCCGCCAUUCAGACGUCUCCAUCAUCACCAUCACUGAGCAUCAUAUCCAGCACUGUAACCGCCGCCCGCUCUGACCCCAGCUCUCCUCCUCAAAAUCACAUCACGGUUGCUAAGAAACAGCAAUGGGCGCGGCAGGAACCUUCUUCUCCGAACUCCACCCACAUGACCUCUGACCAGUGGUCAUCAUGGAUGUCCCACCAUGAAUCUGGGCUGACCUGGACCGACAAGGCGCAUGCUGAAGCCGUGCCACUUAGGGACGCAGUCACCAGUACGCAGCAGGAAGAUUCUCAAGCUUCAGGGGGCACCACUGAGAUUCCCACCCCAGGAGUCAGUGCCAAGCUGUCCGGCCAGCGGGCGUACCUGCAGAGCCUGGAGAGGAGCAGCCGAGCAUGGGUUCUGUCUUCAGGAAAGUCCCAGGCUCCAGAUGAUGAGUUCGGGCCUCUGGAGGAGAACAGCAGCAGCAACAUCUGGUACAACCCCAUCCCAGAGGAGGAGGACGGAGGAGGCCCACCGACAGAAGAGGAGGUAUGGAAGAGGAGGGAUGAAGAGCAGGAGGUCGCAGAUCUCAGAGGAUAUGGUUGUAGCUGUGAGUGUCCACAGGAGGGCGCCAAUCCAAGCGUCAGUCACCAGGUUCAUGACAUUAGAGAAGAAAUCUCAGACUGCCCUGCCUCAGACUCAAGCCCCACCUCCCUAAACAAAGGGGGCGGAGCUGGGAGUGUGAUGGACAGGCUGAGGUCUCCUGGUACUGUUCGGAAACUCUCUUUAAAAAUGAAGAAACUUCCUGAACUCCGGCGAAAACUCAGUCUACGUUCAUCUUCCCGUACUAACCGCCAGACCGGCGGAGGAGGUGGGGAUGAGCCGACCAAUAACAACGCAGCAUCAUCCCCAGUUCUGGCCAAUCAGAACGUCAUCAGCAGGUACCAUCUGGACAGCUCUGCCCCCCCAGCGCGUCCUCACCGUCGAUCAUCGAGACAACGCUCCGCCGGCAAAGGAGGGUACCUCAGUGAUGGUGACUCCCCUGAGCUGUUGCCCCGGCAACAGGCUGCUGACCUCACAGCAUCCCAGGAAGCUUGGUGUGACGUCAGUUCGUUUCGGCUGUACGUGGGCUCAGAUCUGCCGCGAUGCAGCCAGCGGGUGACGGGGUUACUGACAGUGCACCUGCUGGGCCUGGAGGAGAUGAAGAGCAGCAGAUCAGAGGACAGCAAAGAAAUAUUCUUGGCCAUCCAAGUUGAUGGGGUGACAAGAGCCAGGACCGCACUCUUGACCCUCAGAGGCCACACCCGGCCCCUGAACCACACCUUUCACCUCGACUUGGAGAGGGCCCGGCAGCUCCGCAUCGUGGUGCUAACACCAGCGGCUCCGUCAGUGGUGGGCGGCGCCAAACCAGACCAGAGUAAUUCUGCUGGAGGUCCAAACAGGAACCGGGUGUGCUGUCUGGGUGGCGUCUCCAUCCCGCCGCUCUUUAAAGGAAGUCGCAGUCAGCAGCUGUGCCUGAAGCUGGAGCCCAGAGGACUGCUGUACAUCAAACUGACUCUGCAGGAAAAAUGGGACACCCAGCACGGCAGGGAUCCCUCWGCUAAUGUGUUUGGGGUUGAACUGCACCACCUGGUGGAGAAAGAAGGAAGCGCAGCUCCAGUUCCCCUGCUGAUCCAGAAGACGGUGGCAGAAAUAGAGAGACGAGGCCUGAAGGUGGUGGGUCUGUACCGGUUGUGUGGUUCCGCUGCCGUCAAGAAGGAGCUGAGAGACGGGUUUGAGAAGAACAGUUCAGCCGUGUGUCUGUCUGAGGACCGGUACCCCGACGUCAACGUCCUCACAGGUGUUCUGAAGGACUACCUCCGUGAGCUGCCGUCACCGCUCAUCACCAGAACUCUGUACCAGGUGGUCCGGGAGGCCAUGACCCUGCGACCACCACUGGAGACCCCUGACCAUGAAGCGGCCCAGUGCACCGUUCGACUCCUGUCCUGUCUGCCGGAACCAGAGAAGGCCACGCUGUCUGUGCUGCUGGAUCACCUCAGCCUGGUCGCAUCCUUCAGCUCCUUCAACCGGAUGACGCACCAGAAUCUGGCGGUCUGUUUUGGCCCGGUUCUCCUCACCCCAACCCAGGAGGCCCGCCGGGCGGCUGGCCGGGGAGGCCGGGGCAAGACCCUCUGUCCUGGGGAGGAGAUGGCCAAUGCAGUGGACUUCAAGCGGCACAUCGAGGCCUUGCACUACCUGCUGCAGCUCUGGCCAGUGCCGAUCAACCGAGUGCCAGAAGACGACCCCUCCCCUCCACGCUCCCCCUCCAUUGCCCGGCACCUCCAGGUUGAACCACGCCCGCAGCACCGCCCAYUGUGGCUUCCCGGCGCUGACGGCGUGGUGUCCCGUCGGGAGCGUGGCGGACCAGCUCGAUUGGAGAGCCCUCCCCCCGUCAACCGGUACGCCGGGGAUUGGACCGUCUGCGGGCCGGACCUGCCGGCAGAGGAUGAAGCCGACUACGACGAGGUGGCGGGAAGUGAGAGCGAAGGAGGCAGCAGAGAGGAAGAGGAGGAGGAAGAGCAGAAGGAGGCUUGGCCGUCCGGAGCCUCAGGAGGAGGCCACUUCAUAGACGACUUCAUGGACUUUGAUGCUCCAUUCAACUGUCGCCUCAGCCUGAAGGACUUCGACAUCCUGAUCCACGACCUGGACCGUGAGCUGGCCAAGCAGAUCAACAUCUGCYUGUAGGUGGGAAGUGUAGGGGUUCAUCACCUCGUCUGGUCCAAAACCCAGAUCGGGCCAUCAGGGGUUGGUGAGUCCAGAAGCAAUUGGAUCGCUUCUAGAUUACUUUUGUGAAAGUGAAGGAAUUUUCUGUAGUUAAGUUUCUUUUUGCACGUUUGAAGUCAAAACGCUCCACUGCUGAAGAUAUGCUGCCCCCCCAGGKUCACUGCUCUGCUGCCCCCUGCUGCUUAGGGAGGUGAACUACAGCUGAUGUUAGGGUCUGGAGAUGCUGAAGGGUUUUGCCGUCUUGAGGACAGUGGGGAGGGGGCAGGGUUCAUCGUUUAUCGGUACAGGUUUAGUCACUGUGAGAACGUUCUCGGUCCUACUUGAUGUUCCUGGCAGUAUUAUUAUUUUGUUUUGCACGCGCCCAGUAAGCACUUGUGAUUUUUUUAUCAGUAUGUUUGUAAACAAAUGAUGUAACCAAAGAUUUAAAGCACAGCUGCCUGUUUUUUCAUUCCAAAAACAAAUAAUAAACACUAUUGAUAUUAUUUGAA